AUGGCCGACAAGACCACCCCGACCAAACACGAGCCGAGCCAAGCGUUCUGGGAGAACCGCAAGAAAGGCCGAUCUCUCGCUGGCAUCCUCGCCUUCUCCGGCGCCAGCGCCCUAGACAUUCCCUUCCAGCACUGGCUAUUGCAAUCCGGUGCGGCCGCGACCCUCCUCCAUCGUCUCGGGGCGCGUACCGUCUCCCAGACCAUCCUCCCCGCAGCCCAGCAGACAGCAGUCGGCCUCAGCCCGUACCACACGCUGAUCUGGGGUCUGGCGAUCGGCGGCAGCGUCAAGCGAAUCUACUGGAACAUCUUCGUAGGCGACACCCUUCUCCAACCAGGUCUCGCCCUCGGGGUCGGACUGUUUAGCACCGCGCUGAACGCCCUGAACACUCUCCUCGCACUCUGGCUCGCCACUUCGCAACAGCCCUCCGACCAAUCUAGCCUCCAAGCGUUCCUCGCCACCGCUCCCCCAUCGCUCUACAUCGGAGUCGGACUCUUCUCUCUCGGCCUCUUCACGGAAUGGUACAGCGAAGUCCAACGCAAAGCCUUCAAGCAGGACCCCGCGAAUCGGGGGAGACCUUACUCCGGCGGACUGUUCGGUCUGGCGAGGAACAUCAAUUACGGGGGCUUCACGCUCUGGCGGACCGGAGCUAGCCUUGCGUCGGGGGGCUGGGCGUGGGCGGGUGCGACGGCGCUUUGGAUCGGAGGGGAUUUCUGCUCGCGGUCGAUUCCGGACAUGGAUGCGUAUUGUGAGAAGAGGUAUGGCGAGCAGUGGGAUGUCGUUCGGCGAAAGGUUCCGUACAAACUGUUGCCGUGGAUCUACUGA